AUGGGAGUCGCGAAGUAUACCAAGUGGGGUCUUCAGCUUCGAAGAGCAUUCCACGGGGGGUUCAAACUUGUGGAUAUAGAAGCUAGAGAGCCAGUCAAAUGCGCAUGCGAGAGUGAAGUGGCCAGUUACAACGGCGCUCUGCCUCCCGACUGUCGCCUGGACACAUCCAUCCCGCUUCCAAGUAAGCCACCUGCAUACAGUAAGCAUGUAUUGUUGGUCUCUCCUCGUGCCGACGCAUGGGUGGCCGAUUGGCAGUCCAAGCUCGAACUGAACCCGCACUGGCCCUACAAUGCUGUCAGUACUUUUAAGCGUGCUCUAAGAACAGCCUACCGCGGGGACGGUAUUCUGGUCAAUGCGGUCUGUUUUCAGGGGAGCACACUUCUCCCGAAACUGCGGCAUGGCCAUGCCCAGUUUCUGGUUUUGCCAGAGUUCCAAGUCUACGACGUCUACCAAGACUCUAUUGAGGAGUUUGCAUACUUCAUAGGCGGGGGUAAGGGUAAGGAGGCUCCUUCCCGGUUAGGAUUCCUCGAUUAUGCUGAAGGCUCGGGUAACCAGGCUGCCCGUAGGGAGCAGGGUCCCGGAUGCGCUGCUGCUGGACCCAUCUUUCAAGGGCAGCCGUUCAAUAGAAACUUACUUCUGGUAUGUGGCCACCUUCAGCGCGAUGCCAGGUGCGGCCUAAUUGCCCCUGAGCUGGUAGACGCCCUAAAAGGAGAGCCGUACCUUGCCGAAACCGAGAUUGGCAUAGUAUCGCACAUCGGCGGCCACAAACUUGCUGGAAAUCUCAUAUACUACAGUCGGGCGGAUCCAAGCCAUGUAGAUAAGCCUCUAGUUGAUGCGCUGUGGUUUGGAAAAGUGCUUCCGGCCAUGAUACCAACGUUAGUGGAUGCACUUUCUCAAAAGAAGAUCGUCAGUGCGAAUUACAGAGGCGGGAUAUCAUUCUAA